UAAUGAUACUUUCUGGCCAACCCUGAAGCAUUCUAGGGUUGAUCUCUGGAGGAAAUGAGGGAUGUUUUCGUGGUUGGCAAGGCUUGUUGCGAUUUGCUGGCGCCCGGUCCGGCUGUACGCCCGUAUGAGCAAGGAUGAUGAGGACGGAACGGGCGACGCGCUUCUGUGGUACAGAGACCUUGACCGCCAUCAUUUGGGAGAGUUUUCAAUUGCCAUCGUCCAAGCUAACGAGAUCCUUGAGGAUCAUAGCCAGGUUGAGACAGGCUCCUAUGCCACUUUCGUCGGGGUUUAUGACGGUCAUGGUGGUCCCGAAGCUUCACGCUUCGUCUGCGAUCAUCUCUUCCUUCAUCUGAUGAGGCUUGCUCGAGAAAAUGGAACUAUUUCUGAAGAUGUUCUGAGAAAUGCGUUUUCUGCAACAGAGGAAGGAUUUCUUACUCUUGUGCGUAGAACAUGGCAAAUUAAGCCUUUAAUUGCUGCUAUGGGUUCUUGUUGUUUGGUUGGAGUUGUCUGGAGAGGAACACUAUAUGUUGCUAACUUGGGUGAUUCUAGAGCUGUAGUGGGUUGCUUAGGUAGGUCAAAUAACAUUGUCGCAGAGCAAUUGACGAGUGAUCAUAAUGCAAGUAUGGAGGAGGUUAGACAGGAACUCAGGUCCUUGCAUCCAAAUGAUUCACAUAUUGUUGUCCUGAAGCAUGGGGUAUGGCGUGUCAAAGGCAUCAUCCAGGUGUCUAGAUCUAUAGGGGAUGCAUACUUGAAGAAACCAGAGUUCGUUAUGGAUCCAUCAUUCCCACGGUUUCGGCUUUCAGAGCCACUACAGAAGCCAGUUCUAACAGCUGAUCCAUCCAUAUAUUCAAGACCCAUCCGACCCCAAGAUAAGUUUAUAAUAUUUGCGUCGGAUGGGCUUUGGGAACACAUGACAAACCAGGAAGCUGCUGAGAUUGUGUAUAAUUAUCCACGAGCAGGAAUAGCUAAGCGACUGAUCCGAACAGCUUUGAGCGAGGCAGCUAAGAAGAGGGAAAUGAGAUAUGAUGACCUCAAGAAGGUUGAAAAGGGUAUCCGACGGUUCUUCCAUGAUGAUAUUACAGUGGUUGUUAUCUUCAUAGAUCAUGAAUUGCUGGGAAAAAAUGCAUCUGUACCAGCACUGUCAGUACGAGGGUUCAUCGACACUGUUGGGCCAUCAGAUUUUUCGGUUUUGGAGGGGACUGCUGUAGAUGCUAGUUCAACAAUCAACUCUGCCCGAGUUUGAACUGAUAAUCAGGUAGAAACCAGGUUCUGAGAACCUGCCUUCCAUGGUGCAUGCUACCCUUUUUGCAACUGUUGAUAUCUCUUUUCAUAUUUUUUAUUAGUUUUAUCCUUCUAUUAGUUUGCACCUGUUCUUGUGAUCCUAUGCCCAUUUUAUUUGUAUCUACGGUUCCAUCUUUUUCAAGAACAGUUCAGGCUUUUGUGGAGGGCUCAUAGGUUUUAAAGGGAUGCAUGUUUGAACUGUGCAGUUCAUGCUACUGUGCUUCAUUGCAAUAAAACCUUCGGCACCCGUAAACCAUUUUGAGAGUUUUCUAUAAUGGCCCUGUUUGUACCCUUGUAAAACUUUCCCUGCAAAUGAUACUUUACAUGAAGAUUUUACUC